GUUCUAUUCUAUUAUAAAUCUGUGUUAAAUGGGCGUAACUAAUGUCCUUCAAAAACUUGAAAGAGGGAAAAACGCCCAGAGAUGGUGGGAAGAUUAUCGGAGGAGAUUGAGGUUAAGGUACCUGCAGUCGAAGCAUGGAAGCUCUACAGCACUCUCCAACUCGCCAAAAUCGUCGGCGAAGCGCUUCCCAAUUUCAUCAGCAAAAUCGACGUUAUACAAGGCGACGGCUCCGCCGGAACCAUCCUCCACCUCUUUUUCGCUCCAGGUGAUGGUGGAAUUGGAAACAGGGAGGGGGGGACCGUCGUCGUACAAGGAGAAGUUCACGGUGGUGGACGACGAGAGACGAGUGAAGGAAACGGAGGUGGUGGAGGGCGGGUUUUUGGAUCUGGGAUUUACGCUUUACAGGGUGCGAUUCGAGGUGAUAGAGAAGGAGGGGAACAAGGAGGAGUGCGUCACGAGAUCCACCGUCGAGUAUGAGUUGAAAGAGGAAGCUGCUGCGAAUGCUGCUUUGGUUUCGAUCGAGCCUCUGGUUGCAGUCAUGAAGGUUGCUGCAGAUUACUUGACCAAAAACUACAACAACAACUGAUGCAGAUCCAUCUCCUACUACUCCUUGUGUGUAUUAUUAAUUUGAUCUCGUUUGGCAUCUGUUUAAGUUAGUUGUGAUGUUCUUGUUAUGCAUUUGGGACUGUUUCUUCAAAGACUUUGAUGAAGAAGAAUGCGUACGACGAAUAUUUACUGUUUUCUCCGCCUAUAAAUAAUUCAUUCACCAUAAUUUGUGCCGCCCUGCCUCUAUAAAUAUUUAUUUAUAUCA